AUGACCGCCUCCAUCGUGGACGGCUUGACGAAGCUUAACGAGCUUGACAAUCUCGUGGAGGGUAGCGAUGCCCAGCAAGAUACGGCGGACGAUCAGACUCUCGACCAGCAACAGAGCCUAGAUGCCGGGCCAUCGCUUGCCGAGCCUUCAGUUGGCAAACCCAUCUCGCACGGCCAGAUUGUUGACAUCUGGAAGAAGCUUCGAGCCUCAAAAGAGACUAGCUACACCUUGGAAGUGCUGCUGCGUGGCUCGCAAGUUUACAUCCCACCACCUCCGCCAAAACCAGAACCAACGGAAGAAUACAAAGCUCUAAUGGCCCGAUUACGGCACGAAGAAGCGCAGCGAGCCUACGAACGCAUGGUGAACCCACCUCCGAAAAUCGAAACUUUCAGCGACCGCUUCCCUACAUCCGCACAAGCUUUUUCGCAAGUGAAUCGACCGAUUCAUGCAUCGGACCUGGGUGACGAUGAUGUCACGUUGAAUGACGUCCAUCGGCAGGUCAUGCUUAUUAUCAACUUCCUCGUCAGCAUCCUGGGCGUUGCUGGCACGCUGUGGGUAAUAUCACGGUGGUGGAGCUUGCCAGCAAGGAUAUUCCUCACAAUGGGGGGAAGCAUAGUCGUUGCUGUUGCUGAGGUUGCUGUCUACUCGGGUUACAUGUGGCGGAUGGAUAAGGCGAAGCAAAAACAGAAGACUGCUAAGGAAGUUAAGCAGGUUGUUAAUACGUGGGUGGUUGGUCAAGAUGAGAAGGAUAAUGAUGAUGAUGCAGUGUUAUUACGACGGAAGGAGGAUGUGGAUGGAUCGGUUCGGAAGAGGAUAACGAAGCUAGCAAGUUGA